UUUCGAGUAAAGUCAAAGCCAGUGCAGUUCGAUGCUAUUUUAAAUAAAGUUAAAAUAAAUAAAUUACUGUAUUCCCAUAACGGUUUUUCUUCUGAUUGAAUUUAAAAAAAAAUAAUGUGCAAAAAUGUUUAGAACGAGUAAAUCUCUUAUUAUUUGGGCAGCACUAUUGUUGUUGUCGCUGCAAAACUGUCGCGUAAAUUCGGAUGUUAUUCUAUCCGAAGUCAAUAAAUCGUGCCCAUGUUUACCGCGACAUAUUUGCCCACGCACCCUUGGCUCAUCACCAGUCGAUGAAAUUUAUCUGGGUGUAGUCCUGACCUGUGCACAAGAAAAUUAUGUACGUUGUUGUGGGGUAUCGAUCGAACGUGUUGUUGGUGAAAAUAAAAUAACGACAAAGAUGACAGUAAUUGAAGAAGAAGGAGAAGCUGACCCGAUGGCGCCAGAUCACACUACAACUAUGUCACCGUUGACUAAUGACAAUCUUGAAUUGACAACCAAUUCAAGUGAAUUGAUUGCAACCGCAAUGACACCAAUGAAUUCUCAACAAAUGAACGACAUUUUAGACAUUUAUUCAAACGCAAAUAUGGAAGAGGUAAAUCCAACGUAUCGAACGAUUAUUGAUAUGGCACCAGUCAUGUUAGUGUAUGCAAUGUCAGCUCCUAGCCACUAUGAACCAUUGAAAUCGAUUAAAAUGCAUGGCAGUGACGCUUUAACUACUGAAAAACCCGUCGAAGUUGAAUCAAGUGAAGUUGAAAAUGGUACAGAAGAAGUUACCGAUCAAAACACGGACACAUCUGUUGAACCCAUUGAAAUUGAAUUAAAAACGGAACCAUCACAUUUCAUCGAACCAAUUGCAUUUGAAGUUGAAACAACGACAAGAGAUACUGAUCUAUCACAAAUUACUGAAGAAACAACUGAAUUUCCACCAAUUGAUUUGAACUUCAUCGAACCAAAAUCCAGCAAAUUAGACGAAACGGAAAUAAACGCCAAAGAAUUGACAGAAAAUCCAACCACUGUUUCUGAAAUUUUAUCUACUCAAGCUGCCACUGAAAUUUCAUUUACAGAAGCGGCCACCGAGAGCACCGAAGCAGCUUCAGAAACUGUGACUACCGGAACACCUUCUGAAAUCUCACCCAUAGAAGCCGUUUCUGAAAUAUUGGUCACCGAGAUAGCUCCUGAAAACGUAACUACGGAAGUUGCUGUUGAAAGUUUAACAACGGAAAAAUCCAUUGAAAAUGAGGAAAUCAAAAAUAUUGACGAAAAUGAAACGAUAACAGAAAACUUGAUCGAAAUUGAAACGACCACUCAAAAAUUGGCGAACAAUGAAAUUAUCACUGAAAAUUUGGCUGCAGCUGAAAACGUUACAGAAAUUAUGACGAGUACAGAAAAGUUGAUGGAAAAUGAAACGACAGAAAAUUCAUUCGAGAAAAUGGACGUCUUCGAAACCACAACCAUGCCACCUUUAAGUAGUAAACCAAAUGAAUUAAAACCAUUAGCGCUGAUGACUGAAUUAAUGACCAUCGACAAUGCGACAGAAGCUAAUGUGAUUACAACGACUGUUGUUACUGCAGAUGAAAUUGUUCCAGAAAUACUUUCAAUAACCGAGGCAGGUGAACAAACCGACGUCUCAGGUAAUAAGCGCCACAACUCAAGUAUCCAACGUACAAGUUCUUCAAUUACUUCUGAACCAAUUGUACCAUCUAGUACUCCUCGGUUGAUUCCAUCGUUCAAAGAUAAAUUGGAUACUUAUCGCAAAAAUCAAGCGAAUAAAAAUUCAUCAUCCGAAGAAAUUUCCAGAAAAAGUGUUAACGCCACAGAAGUUAAGGCGCUAAAACCAAAUAACCCCGAAACUAAUAAGCUGAUGCAUGAACAACAUGAAGGUACAAUUAUGGCAGUGUAUUCGUCAUUAUCAUCAAUAAUAAAACAGUCUGCCAAUAAGCGACCAACAUUCAAACGAACAACAUCAUGGCGUGAACUUAUUGAGCAUAGCAUGGGAUUGCAUAAACCAACCUUUGGUUCAUAUCGAAGUAAUUUGGCAAAAACAUCAUUAAAUGAAUCGAUUCCGGUGACAACAACUGAAAAAUUAGAAACAACCACUCAAAUUGAUAAAUCAAAACGAAAAUAUAGUCGACGUUUACCUGCUUCGAAUUCGAAUAAAUUUAAAACGACAACAACAACGACGACGAUAACAACAACACCAACGACAGCAACAGCCGCAACAGAAUUGCUUGUCGAAAGUACAACGGCUCGUCAACGUUAUUAUAAUAGACGAAAAUUGCCAACCAAACCCUCAAAAAAUGAGUCAUCGACAGUUGGCUACGCAGCAAAAACAACAAUUACCCCAACAAAUGAACGAUUUCAACAUAAGGAAAACAAUGCACAAGCAUCGUUAGAAAAGCGUAAAAAGUUGUUUGCAACAAGACAACGAGGUAGUGGUUGGUCGAAAAUUGAAAAAACAACCGAUUUGACAACGACUACAUCAACGACAGAAAUUCCAACUAAAACGCCAAUCCUUCAAAGAGCACAACAGCAUCGAUUCAAACUAAAAACAAAUCGAUCCAACCAAUAUACUUUACAAAUCAACGGUUCAGAUUCAACAUAAUGACCAAUCUCGUUUUGAAUAACAUCCAGUCAUUUCGAACAAAAUUGACUGGCCAACGUUGAUAAUCCUGUAUAAAUAGCUUUCGUUUUAGAUAACUACGAUUAAUUGUAGUUCAAGUUAAAAAAAAAAUGUCGAAAAUUAGUAGGCUGGUUGACAUUGUCUCUUAAUCGGCUAUGUUUCAUAUAACAAAUAUGUCACUUGAUAUGAAACUAUAAUUUACAUUAAUUUUACUUUCAGUCCAAUUCGAAAAUAGUCAAUAACAAAAUUCACAUGUAAAUUAUAUGGAUUCAUAUAAAUAAAUGACCGAGGAAAUUAUGAACAAAAUAUCUCAAAAACACAUACAAACCCAUACAUUGUAUUCAUCAACAAUAUCAUCUACUAAUUUAUUUAUAUUUUAAAUAUAGUCGUGGAUAAAAAAUUAGGUUGAAGUCAUACUAUUUUUCUCACCAAUACCAUGUAUGUUUUAAUGAUGAUGGCAAAACUACAAAUCGAUUAAAUUUACCAAUACCACAUUUGGCAUUCACAAGAGAAAAAGAUAAUUCUGGAAAAAUAUUUAUUUAAAAUAAAAGAGGACACAUUAUGUGGCUAAAAAUCAAUACUUCAAAUAAAAGACGUACAUUUUAAAUUCGAACCAUCAAGCUUGGAGACAUUAGUUAAUGCAACACACUUGCAAUAUUGCUCAUUAGAAGAGAAGAAGAGGGCAGAGAGAGAAAAAAAUGUUACUCUUUUUUAUCGUGUAUGCACAAAUGGUGUAACAACAACAAUAACCAAUCGAUGGACAUAAAAAAAGAGAGACAAAGUUAAUAGUCAUUAUGGCAGACCCCAUUAAUUAAUUAUUUAAUGUACAGAAUUUAUG